CAUCUUCAAGAUUGAGAGGAGUGGCUAAGAGGUUAGGAAUGCAAAAUGGAUUAGAGAAAGACGCAGAGAUACGUUCAGCUGCUUCAUUGAUGUCAGUCGGCUCAAUGCCAUUAACAAAGAAACGAUUACCAAGCCCAGACGCAGGACGAAUGGGAAGUGGAACGGAAGACAAUAAUCGUGAAAGUUUAAGACCACCUAGUUUAAGAAGACAAACGAGUGUUCAAAUCGUUCAAUCUUCAACAAGUACGGAUCCUAUCAAACUAGCUACACAUGUUCUUGUUGUUGAAGAUAAUUUGAUCAAUGUUAAAGUGAUUAAACGUCAAUUGAGUUUGAAAGGUUAUUCUGUUUCAGUUGCCAUGGAUGGUAGACAAGGAUUAGAUAUCUUAUAUGAAGAUGAUCAACAUCCAUCUGAAUUGGGUAGGAUUGGGAUCGUCUUGAUGGAUAUUCAAAUGCCUGUCAUGAAUGGAUUAGAUGCUAUCACUGAACUUAGGGCUUCUGAAAAGACGGGGAAAGUUAAACAGAGGUAUCCUGUAAUUGCAGUAACUGGGAAUGCAAGGAAAGAACAAACUGAACAGUUUCUUGCAAGUGGAUUUGAUGAUAUUUGUGUGAAACCUUAUAAGAUUGAAGAUGUUCAAAACCGAAUGGAAGCUUUAUUAUUGAAAGGAUCGUAAAGAAGAAGAAGAAGAAGAAAUCAAACCAGAUCAACUACAUUAAUUCAGGUUGAUUGUCAACAUAAUU